AUGACUGGCAGAGACACGCACAAAAAUACAGGUCCAUCACGCCUCACUGACCGAGUCACUAGAUCUGAGAGGCAGUCACUUUCGCUCAGCCAGAGUAAGACUUAUAUAAAGAGCAGAUGCAAGUGUGAAUACCCAGGAGAUACUUUAAAAGAUACUUCCCAUCUGACGCCGUCCUGGAACGCCUCUGUCAUCACGAUCAAGAUACCCAAGAACUUCCCCCUGAACGAGCCCCUCCUCACCGUCGCCCUCCUGUACAAGGCCGACCCGCCGCAGGACCAACCCACGACGCUCGAUGCUGAGAAAUUCAUCAAGGUUCUACCCGGAAGCACGAUAGGGGAGCUCAGGUUACCCGGCGACUAUGAGGAUGCCGGGAUCGGUUUGGGUCCGACAAGGAUUGGCGGGGAUCGGGCCAUGGGAGGCCUGCCAAAGCUGCCAGCUGGCGAACAGAUGGUACUCUUGUCCAACCCGCAAAACCUGUUCCAUCCCCGCUUACAGGACAGCAGCGAUACGCUCUCCCUCCGCUUGCAGCGGUCACUCAAACACUUGUACGACAAUUCCACCAACUCAGGCUACAACUGCGUGGAGGCCAUCAUCGGACUCAAUGGGACCCAACUGGAGCAGAAGCCGACCCUGGGCUGCAGUCGACGCAAGAACGGGCGCUCCAGACCCCGAGAAUCCGGGUCGUCUGUUCUCACCGUCAGAAUCCUCGUGAAGGAGGCUAUCAAUUGCGACCGUCCACCUAAGCAAGCGUGCAUGUUACCCGUCGAAGACAUUGUCCUCCACCAAUGGGAGAACAGGAAGCCCUCGCCUCUCCUCGCGCUCCCACGGCUCUCAGUCCUCUGCCCGAACCUGAGGCCCAACUACACCCUCACCAUGAAAGACCUCGACAACGGUCCGCCAGAACUGGUCACGAAGCCGAAUCAGCUGGUCAUUACGCCGUCCAAACCCCUAGACCGCGAGAGGCGAGACAAUUUCCUCACCUUCACCGUCACCUGCACGCUACAGACUAAUUGUGUCCCCUGGGAAGAUCAUAAGCGGGUGACAAGGAGAAUUAUUAGCCUGUGA